AUGAAACCGAAAGUAAAAAGAAGUGCAGAAAAACGUCGAUUUAAAGAUAAACAACAGUUAGAAAAAAUGGACUCGCAUCCUAAACAGAAAAAAUUAAUGUUUUUUAAAAUAGGUGAAGUCCAGAAAGUCAGUACUUUAAAUAUAAAAUUAAGUACCCAUUUAUUUUUUUAUUAUUAUUGUCUUAUUUUUUACAUCACAAAUCAAAACUUGUACCUAUGUGGCUAUGUAAGUAAAUGUAGUUAAUUAAAUUUUAGUAGUAUCUAAAAUUUACAUCAUUUCUAAUUUAUAUUACAUAAAGAUGGAUACACAUCAUUCAGUUAUGGACAAAAUGGCACGAAUUCCAAAUGUAUCAAAUACUGCAUCAGACAUACAAGAUGAAAACAAUGUAUUAGAGAAGUUACCACUCUAA